CCACAUAUAUACCAUACCCUCUUUGGCUCUUUGCCAACUUAUUACUUCAAUCAAAUCUCUCUCUUAUAUAUCUUUCUCUCUGUAUAUCAAGCACAGACAAAGCCACUUCCCAGAUUUUCUCUCUCUCUCUUCUCUCUUCUCUCUCUAACAUAUAUCCACAAAAUAAAAAUGGGACGUACACCUUGCUGUGAUAAAACUCACACCAACAAAGGUGCAUGGACCAAAGAAGAAGAUGAGCGCCUCAUCAACUACAUCCAUGCUCACGGCCAAGGCUGCUGGCGUUCCCUCCCAAAAGCCGCCGGAUUGCUUCGAUGUGGCAAGAGUUGCAGACUCAGGUGGAUAAAUUACCUCCGGCCGGACCUCAAGAGAGGGAAUUUCGCCCAAGAGGAAGAUGAGCUCAUCAUCAAACUUCACAGACUGUUCGGAAACAAAUGGUCUUUAAUAGCUGGAAGAUUGCCGGGAAGAACAGACAAUGAGAUCAAGAACUACUGGAACACUCACAUCAAGCGCAAGCUCGUGAAAGAAAACAGAUGCAACAGUGGCACAACGGAGGAUUUACAGCCGCAAAACAAUCAAGAUCAGCUAAACUACAAAGCACUCGACCUCAAGCUGUCCAUAGGACUCAUUCCAUUUCAAUCCGAGACUCGGAGUUCGUCUGCAAACUCAUCAACUGAGUCAAAACUAUAGAAAAAAAAAACUUUCAUACAAGUUCCUUGUGGCGAAGCCAUCAGAGACACUGGUAGUGGUGGGGGGCCGCCACAACGGCGGCGAUUUUGUUUCCGGCUGCAGUGUGUUUGUGAUGUUCGUAGUGCCAACAUGGUAGCAUGUCAAUGUACGUACAAAAUAUGGAUAAUUGGAUAAGCUUAAUUGGAAGAUUAAGGAUUGCCUUGAAAUGGAAAAUUUGCCUACUCAACAGUCUCAACUAGGUUCUUAUAUUUAUAUUUCUUCUUCUUCUUCUUCUUUUCUUUUUUUUUUUUGUGUCUAAUAAAUUGUGGUUAAUUUAAAUUGUGCUGUUGUCUGAGUUGGAAUUUGUAACCAUUUUUAGUGGAGGAUGAUGAAAUGUAAUUUUGAACUUUUGAACCUUUGAAUAAUAUUUAGGGUUAAUUUCAUUGAUAUCCCUCAAGUUUGAUUAAAUAUCACAUUGAAAUAU